AUGGCGAGGGUGACGGGGACCCUGGCGCUGGUGCUAGCAGGGAUGAUGGUGGGAGGAGGAGGGAAAGUCGCUAGCUCGAGGGGUGUCGUCAACAACAAGUUCUUCACCUUCACACCCUUAAGCCUGCGAUCUGAUGGCGAGCGCAAGAUGAAGCCAUGCUGUGUCUCAUGGCCUGGGGGGACUUACCAGGCCGCGGAUGGCACAAUCACUGGGUCGGGAGAUGAAACCUUCGAUGGCAAACUGGUUGUGGACGGGACGAGCGGGUGGAUCAGGAGCAUCAAGGGAUGGACAUGUGCACAAAGUUUCUGUGUCCAUGUUGCAUCAGGGAAUUGGACCAUUGCAGACUGCGGAAUGAAAGUUGAAGGUGGCAACACGAUGCCAGCCGCUAUCGUUCAGACAGAUCGAGAUGCUUCGGUGCUGCUGCAAGACUGCGAUUUGAAUGGUGCAUGGUCUGCUGGGGUUCGCCUUGGGUUGCUCGAGCUCAGCACAGUCUACAGCGACUUGUCUCGGUGCUUGGUUCGAGACUGUCACAUGCAAGCAAAGUUGGGAGCAAUCUGCACCAAGACUGAAGAUUGCAGAUGCGAUGUUGAUGAGUACAGCCAGUUCGAUGGCCCGAAAAUCUUUGUUGCCCCCAGUGCGACGCUGAGCAACCUGCCGGAUCUGAACGACUUCCCCCCCCCUGCUGGACUCCAGCAGGUCGCAGAGUCGAGCGGAGCUUUCACCCACUCGCUGCAAGAGUACGUUGAGAGGGAGGUGAUGGCGGCGAAGGAUCAUGCCGUCGUCACGAAGAACCUCUCGAGCUGGGAGUACGUCGACCUCGUCCUUUCCAAGGUCUCGGCGAAUCUCAGCGAAUGUCCGCCCGAACUGCAGGAGAAGCUCGUGAGGAAGUGGGAAGAGCUGUUUCUGUCGCCCGUGGACGAGGAGAGGUCAGCGGGGAUCCUUGACGGCCUCGCGCCCGAGGACGAACGCUUCCAGCAGUGGAGGAGCGCGUUCAAGUUGACGUCUUCCCUGCAAAGGCAGAUGAUUGCCAGCGCGAUGCUGCACAUGGACUCCCUCAGGCAGAGAAACGCAUCCCGGGAUAUGGUGCACGAGGAAGAGAUCCCACAGCGUGAUCUCUACCAGUUGCUACAAGGCAAAGGCAAUGGCGAAGCUGCGGAGGACGGCUUCAUCAAGUGGCGUCCCAACAGGAAGUUGAGUGCGAGGGAGGAAGCGGAGAGGAAGAAGAGAAUCUUCUGGUCCACCCUCAAGCUCAUCAACGAGACCUCUCCCCACGACCUUCAGCUCGUCAAGUCGCUCUCCUCCUGGUGUGCUUGA